GAAAAAGUGUGCCCCGUCCUGUAAUCACAGCUGUGGAUUUUCUAGUAUGGCGGUGGACACUCACAGUAUAUAUAGUCAUCAUCACCAUUGCCGAAAUGUCAAUCUCUUAUAAUACAUAAAUACACGAGGAACAGAGAGGGAAGAAGAAUGUCUAGCACAGUUGGUCAAGUCAUUCGCUGUAGAGCCGCGGUGGCAUGGGAAGCAGGAAAGCCACUGGUUAUCGAAGAAGUGGAGGUGGCACCACCACAGAAAAUGGAAGUUCGUAUGAAGAUCCUCUUCACCUCCCUUUGCCACACUGACGUUUAUUUCUGGGAGGCCAAGGGACAAACCCCUUUGUUUCCUCGCAUUUUUGGCCAUGAAGCUGGAGGAAUUGUAGAGAGCGUAGGCGAGGGUGUGACAGAUCUCAAGCCAGGGGACCAUGUCCUUCCAGUGUUCACUGGGGAAUGCAAGGAGUGCCGCCACUGUAAAUCAGAAGAGAGCAACAUGUGUGACCUUCUCAGGAUAAAUACUGAUAGGGGUGUCAUGCUAAAUGAUGGAAAGACACGAUUCUCUAAGAAUGGGCAGCCUAUAUACCAUUUUGUUGGCACCUCCACUUUUAGUGAGUACACAGUUAUUCAUGUUGGCUGUGUUGCCAAAAUCAACCCUGCAGCUCCGCUUGACAAAGUUUGUGUUCUUAGCUGCGGAAUAUCCACAGGACUUGGUGCAACUUUGAAUGUUGCCAAACCGAAAAAAGGUUCAACUGUGGCAAUUUUUGGAUUGGGAGCUGUAGGCCUUGCUGCUGCUGAAGGCGCAAGGAUUGCUGGGGCUUCGAGGAUCAUUGGAGUUGAUUUGAAUCCCAACAGAUUCAAUGAAGCCAAGAAAUUUGGUGUUACUGAAUUUGUGAACCCCAAAGAUCAUAGCAAGCCUGUACAAGAGGUGAUUGCUGAGAUGACUGAUGGAGGAGUGGACCGGAGUGUUGAAUGUACUGGGAAUUUCAAUGCCAUGAUCUCUGCGUUUGAAUGUGUUCAUGAUGGCUGGGGUGUUGCUGUGCUAGUUGGUGUGCCAAACAAAGAUGACGCAUUUAAAACUCAUCCCAUGAAUUUUUUGAACGAGAGGACUCUCAAGGGCACCUUCUUCGGAAACUACAAGCCUCGCACUGACCUUCCAUCUGUGGUGGAGAAGUACAUGAACAAGGAGUUAGAACUGGAGAAGUUCAUCACCCACCAAGUUCCUUUCUCGGAGAUCAACAAAGCAUUUGAGUACAUGCUGAAAGGGGAAAGUAUUCGUUGCAUCAUUACCAUGGAAAACUAGAAUGUUUCUGAGUCUGUAGUGAGGCCCUCGGUUUUCUAGCAAUAGUAGCAAUAAAUAAGUUUCCAGAGGGUUGUCCAUGGUGACUGAGUUUAAGGUUAUACAUGACUUUAUGGGAUCUGCUUAAUGUUGUGAUAUUCUAGAGUUAUGUGUUCAAUUUUCCUUGUGUCGCGCUUCCAUAGAUUGACUUACAAUGGAGAUCAUAAAAUCUAGAAGCCACACAUUAUGAUAAUGUUGGAGCUAUGAGUGAUGCUCAAGAUUAUAUGAAAUGUGUGUUAAGUUAUAUUGAGCCUCACAUAUAAAUGAGAGCAUAGCUAGUUAGAUG